AUGAGCUCACCGAAAUUCGUAGAAAAUGAGAACGCAAUCUCAAGGAGAGAGCCUUACGGAAACUCCGGUAACGGCUGCGGCGGCUUACAUUCACCGCCGGCGACGUCGCUGAAGAUCAGAAGAGACUCUCACUUCAUCAAGAAACCGCCGUCUCCGUCGUCUUCUUCCGCCGUUGCCGUUGCGAAGCCACGUCAUCCGGUGAUCAUCUACACCCACUCCCCGAAAGUCAUACACACCAACCCUAAUGAUUUCAUGGCCCUCGUCCAAAAACUCACCGGAAUGUCACCUUCCGACGUCGAUUCCGCUGGCAUAGAUCGCCGGAGUAAACCGCUGGAGACGGUCGUCUCCGAUCACGGAGAGGACAACAAAAACAGCGACAUUAAUCAUCAUCAUCAUCAUCAAGGAUACGACAAUAACAGCAAUGGCAACGGCUGCAACAAGAGGUGCACCGGCAAUCGGAGGGGCAUUUUCGUAAAUGACAGAGAAUCGUCGUCGGUGAUAACGACGGAGGAGAGCAUCGGAGAACAAGGGCAGGUGAGUUUAUCGUAUUGCUCGUUGGCGGCGAUUCCUCCACCGUCGCCGGCGAUGUUGGAUGCGGUGGCGUUGUCGGCUCCGGGGAUCAAUUACGGCGCGUAUUUGUCGACGAACCCGUCAGAUGGAUCGUUGGGGAAUUACGAAAUGGAUCCGUUGUUCUUAGCUCCCAUUCCCACUAUGAGGAUCUCUUCUUCUUCUUCUUCCUCUCAUGGGUUCGAUGGCUUGUCGGAGUUUCGCGAGUAUUAGAGUUCCGAUGAGAAUAAAUAAAUUACAUCUUUUUUUUUCUA